AUGGCCAUGCACACAACCCAAAGAGUCGCCGCCCCGCCCGAGGAAUCAUUGGCCCCCGCCACCCGCUCCAACGUGAUCAACCACCCGAAACCCCUCCCCCAGUCUGUCACCAGCCUCAACAGCUCCUCGCCCCCAACCCAUCCCAAUUCCAACUCCACCAGCACUACCGGAUUCAACACUCCCCAGCAGGUGAAGGCCGCGGAAGCCAUCCCCGUCUCCGACGAGCCCUCCAAACCCGUCGACGUGCCAAUCGAGCCCUCGAGCGCCCGGUCGCACCACUACAUGGUUGAGCCGAUGCUCGCCUCCAACAGCAUCACCGACCUGUCCUACCUGACACGGCCUCCCAGGCUUCCGCUUCCCAUCGAAGAGGAACUCCACACCCCCGGGUCUCCCAUCCUUGCCGCCACCGAGGCGAGUGACGCACUCGGCGACGUCCAACCCCUCGAUGCCGAUUCCUUUCCCAGGAAGGCGUCUGCGUUAAGCAGUCACAGCUUUGACGAUGAGGAUGACGAGGAGGAUGGCCUCGUCGUGGAUAAGACAAGGCCCACCGUCCCCACGAAGCUGCAGUGGCUCAAGGGCGGAGAAAAGGUCUACGUGACUGGUACCAUUUUCCAAUGGAACCGCAAAUACAGACUACACCAGAUAGAGGGUCGGCCUGGCUGCUUUGAGAAUACAAUCAACAUCCUGCCGGGGACGCACCACAUCCGAUUCUUGGUUGAUGGUAUCAUGCAGACGUCCCCCGACCUGCCCACCACUGUAGACUUUGGUAACAAUCUCGUCAAUUAUAUCGAAGUGAGCCCCGAUGAUGUGCCCAAGCCAAAUCAGACGGGAGCCGGCAAGGAAGGCGCCAAUGAAAAUCAGGCUACCACCGAGGGGCAGAAGCCGUUGCGCGGACGAACUGUGCUGCCUCCCGAGAGCUACGUGAGGCAAAUCCCCAAGUAUUUAGUAGACUUUGAUCAAACGGACGAUUCGCCCGCCUACCAAUACGCCUGGUCGGCUAUCGAGAAGCUGCCAACUCCUCCUUCGCUCCCCGGCUUCCUGAGCAAGCCGAUUCUAAACGCAGCCGCGCCAAUCAAGGAUGAUAACAGUGUCCUGACACUUCCUAACCACACCGUCCUGAACCACUUGGCAACAAGCAGCAUCAAGAACAAUGUUCUGGCUGUUUCUGCCACUACCAGGUACAAGAACAAGUAUUUGACCACUAUUGUCUAUAAGCCCACCAGUCUUGAUGACUAA